UUUGUACACUACAUUUCCUUCUUCGAACUUAAUUUUAAUAUUUUCAAUUAUUUAGCAUCAAAAAGUUAUUCUUCUACCUAUAUAACAUCCCCCAAUUAACCAACUAAAAUAUCAUAACUCGAAAACCCAGAAUGGCUUCUUCUUCUACUCUCUCCGUUGAAGAUUUCUUGGGAAGUUUCCACUCUAGAAGAUUGCUGCCAACCCAUGUCUCAGGCUUGAUGGCCGUGGCAGCGCCGCCGGCCAGCGGGGACGGACGAGACCCGAUGACGGCGGAGGCGGUGGGUGGAAACGCAUUUGACGCGAAUGUUGUGAUGGUCCUGUCGGUGCUACUGUGCGCCUUGAUUUGUUCGCUUGGGUUGAACUCCAUCAUAAGGUGUGCGUUAAGGUGUUCCAACUUAGUGGUGGCGACCGGCGAUCAGCAGAGGAGUGGCGGCGGCGACCCUUCGGCGAGACUGGCCAACACGGGGAUCAAGAAGAAGGCGCUCAAGACAUUCCCGACGAUAAGCUACACGAAUGAGGUGAAGUUGCCGGGGCUUGACUCAGAGUGCGUGAUUUGCCUGUCGGAAUUCACCCCCGGCGAACGCGUGCGAGUCCUGCCCAAAUGCCACCACGGUUUUCAUGUCCGCUGCAUAGACAAGUGGCUCAACUCUCACUCCUCUUGCCCCACUUGCCGCCACUGUCUCAUCGAAACCUGUCAAAAAAUUGUUGGCUGCGCCGCCGCUACUCCUAGCUCAUCGGAGGGGAGCAUAGCGAUAAGGAUUGAACCACUCCCCAGAGAAGGUUUGAUAUCUAAUCAUCAAAACUAAUAGCUGAUCCACCUCAGCUCAUCACAUUUGUAGCUCCAGAUAUUUAGCACUAUAUAUAUAUGUAACUCCAUUGUAGUCUUCAAUCAAGCUUAAAAUCAGAUCCCCAACUGUACAUUCAAUCGUGUAUAAAUCUUCAAUUAUUUAUUUAUUUUUCUUCCAA